AUGAAACUACCUAAAGAAUCAUAUAUUCCAUCACGAAUAUUAUCAUCUGAUUCACCUAUAAUUACAAUGAAUGUCAUACCAGAUAUGAAUCAAAUUAGUAUCGAUGGAACUCGAGUCAAUAGUCACCGUACAAUCCAAUUGGAUAAUAAUUCAGAUGAUCAUGUUUUAGCUGCAUUUCUAAGAUUAAUUGGAUGUCGAACAAUUCAUGUACAAUCAUUUAUCGCUCAUCAAAAUACGCUGUCCAAAACACCAAAGUCAAUCAAAGAAAACUGUCUAAUAUUCAUUAGGUAUUUGAUUGAUUCAUUUCAAACUAUGAGUGAAGAAGAUAUCGCAGCAUUGAAACAAACUCAAUGCUUUGCAGGCAUUUAUCACUUUCUGUCCUCCCUUGGCGUACGUGAAGCCCCUAAUCUUGAUGAUCUUAUUGAUAUGAUUACUGAAGAUUUUAAGAAUCAACAGUUCGAACAAGGCGCAUCGUUAUACAUCAUACCGCCGUCACUUGAAUUCUUGGCCCAAAAUGUCGAAAAAUAUUAUCCAGAACUUUGGAAAGACAAAACAAAUCGACGAGCUUUCCUUCCAGCUCAAUGGCCAGAUAAACCAACUGGUCGACGUGACAAGCGCAACAGCAAUAGAAUAGUAUUGAUGCCUGUGGAAAAGAUUUUUAAAAGUUUGAAUCUUUUUUUAAAUAUUAGAUUACAUUUAUAA